AUGUGUCAAGACGAGGUUGCUUCCAAUGGCUGGACUAGCGUUCCCAGACACGCCGGGACUCUCUUUGGUGAUAAGCUAUCGACCAUUGAACCAUUGCCCCUUUCCAUCAGUGAGCUCGGAUUUCCAUCCAGCGACGAAGUAGUGGCGAAGACUAUUGAUUACGCCAAAGCCACUCUUCACCCUCAGACUUUCAAUCAUUCUAUGAGAGUGUAUUAUUUUGGAAUGGCCAUCACCAAGCAAUAUUUCCCAAAGCAAGCUGCUGGGUUUAAUCCUGCCACUUGGGCUCUUACUUGUCUACUCCACGAUAUUGGGACUGCGGAGGAAUUCUUGACUGCUACUAGAAUGUCUUUUGACAUCUAUGGUGGCAUCAAGGCUCUGCAGGUUCUCAAGGAUAUUGGAGCCUCCAAGGACCAGGCAGAAGCUGUUUCAGAAGCCAUUAUUAGACAUGAGGAUAUGGGCAUCCAUGGAGAGAUUGCGUAUCUCGGCCAGCUAAUUCAGCUUGCCACAACGUACGAUAACACGAGCGUUCACCCCUAUGUCAAGAACUUUGAGAAGUUGUUGCAUCAUACGACGGUCGCCGAGAUCAACGAAGCGCAUCCCCGGUUGAAGUGGUCUUCGUUUUUCUCUGGAACUAUUCGCAAGGAGAUGACCAUUAAACCGUGGUGUCAUUCAGGAAACCUCCCCAACUUUGACAAUGAAAUUGAAGCUAAUCCACUCAUGAAGGAAUGGGACUAUUGA